AUGGAUCAUUUUCCGACAAACUGGGGAAGGCCUAGAAACGAUACGGUCGAUCCAUAUGGAACAUACCCUCUCCAUGCACGACCUCAACCCAAACAAGCGCAUUUGCCGAGGCCUAUUGUAACCGGAACCAGCGUCUUGGGUAUCCGAUUUAAAGAUGGGGUGAUGCUCGCCGCGGAUAAUCUAGCAUCCUAUGGCUCCUUGGCACGUUUCAAGGAUAUCCGACGUCUCCAUCCUGUCGGAAAUUACACUGUCAUUGGGGCUGGAGGCGAUAUGAGUGACUUCCAAUAUCUUCAGCAUCUCUUGGAUAACCUCAUGAUUGAGGAGAGCAACGAAGAGGACGGCCAUGAACUCGGCCCGAAGGAGAUCUACGAAUACCUUAGUCGGGUGAUGUACGCGCGUCGUUCGAAGAUCAACCCACUUUGGAAUUCGAUGAUUGUAGGAGGUUUCAAAGAUGACCAAAGCUUCUUGGGGUAUGUUGACCUUCUUGGAACUACUUAUUCCGCUUCAACGAUUGCUACGGGUUAUGGAUCCAUGAUAGCCAUUCCACUACUUCGCAAGGCAGUUGAAGGACGUGAGACUACUUUGACUGAAGAAGAAGGCAAAGCACUGCUGGUCGAAUGUAUGAAGGUGCUGUUCUAUCGUGAUGCACGGAGCUUAAACAAGUUCCAAAUCGCUACUGUUACGUCACAGGGUGUCAAUAUUAGUGAAUCCAUUGUGGCUGAAACCGAAUGGUCUUUUGCGGACAAGAUUCGUGGUGGUUAA